AUCGGACGUCCCAGAGUCAGACGGUCAAAGUGAGCGGAACACGUUGAAAAAGAAACGGAGGCUCGCAUACAUUUAAAUACUGUUGGUUGCAGAUUGUAACCGGACCUAAUACACAAGCUGGAAGGUCUCAGUGCAGCGUGGGUGCCAAGGGAUCCACUGCCUGAGUGUGGUGAAAGCAGCGGCCGAGACCCCAAGAACAUGAACCACACCAAGGGUGGCUUGGUGAUCUUCACUGCCAACUCGCACCCCUCAAGCCGCGAGCUGGGCAAGAGGAUCUCUGAGAGGCUUGGAGUCGAGCUCGGCAAAGUGCAGGUGUAUCAGGAAACUAAUAAAGAAACCCGCGUACAGAUCCAGGAGUCGGUGCGAGGCAAAGAUGUCUUCAUCAUCCAGACAGUGUCCAAGGACGUGAACACCACCAUCAUGGAAAUGCUCAUCAUGGUGUACGCCUGCAGGACGUCGUGCGCUCGCAGCAUCACCGGAGUCCUCCCUUACUUCCCCUACAGCAAGCAGUGUAAGAUGAGGAAGAGGGGCUCCAUCGUCUCCAAGCUUAUUGCCUCCAUGAUGUGUAAAGCUGGGCUCACUCACCUGAUCACCAUGGACCUCCAUCAGAAGGAGAUUCAGGGCUUUUUCAACAUUCCUGUGGACAAUCUGAGAGCUUCUCCCUUCCUGCUUCAGUACAUACAGGAAGAGAUCCCAGACUACAGAAAUGCUGUCAUUGUUGCCAAAUCUCCAGCUUCAGCUAAAAGGGCUCAGUCGUUUGCCGAGCGGCUGCGUCUGGGCAUCGCUGUGAUCCACGGWGAGGCUCAGGAUGCAGAGUCGGACCAGGUAGAUGGACGACAUUCCCCACCCACCGCCAAGACCACCGGAGCCAUUCACCCCAGCAUGGAGAUCCCAUUGUUGAUCCCUAAAGAGAAGCCCCCCAUCACUGUGGUGGGUGAUGUAGGAGGACGCAUCGCCAUCAUAGUGGAUGACAUCAUCGAUGACGUGGACAGCUUCGUGGCAGCAGCAGAGACGCUGAAGGAGAGAGGGGCCUACAAGAUCUUUGUUAUGGCAACGCACGGCCUCCUGUCCUCCGACGCCCCCAGGUUCAUAGAAGAGUCUGCCAUCGAUGAGGUUGUGGUGACCAACACGAUUCCCCACGAGCUGCAGAAGCUCCAGUGUCCAAAGAUUAAAACAGUCGACAUCAGCUUGAUCCUGUCUGAGGCCAUCCGCCGCAUUCACAACGGGGAGUCCAUGUCGUAUCUGUUCCGAAACAUCGGCGUGGACGACUGAACAGCCUGAUGCAUAUUUAUACUAAUAUUUGUGUUUUCAUCCCUGUGGGAACACUCCUUUAACACGUUACAUCCCCCCCCCCCCCCCCCUUAAACUAACCUUUUAAACCCUAUACUGAUCCUGAGGAAAGAGUCUGGGUCUGUGAGGACAGGAGGUCCCUCUGGGUUAGAGUUCAGMCAUUUAAAGUUUCUACUGGAACAUAAAAAUCUAACUCAUCCAUACUGUGGAGUCUUGACAUCUAACAUUUCCCUGCCCCUCUAACCAAACAAUUAUUUCUAACAUUAAAGGUUUGAUUUUUAAGUGGUUUCUGUGGAAAUUUUAUAAAUAACCUGUUAGUUCUUAGAAUGACCUCACUAUGGACAAAUGGUUCAAUUUAAAUGGACCAUCGAGCUAAAGGCUAGUCUGAAACCAGCUAAGACCGAAGUGGAUGGCUGCCCUCCUAAAACAAUUCCAAUGUUGAAAACACAGGAAUUCAUGCAAACGCUGUUUUAUAAACCUUUAUCCUCAAGUUAAUUUUGCAUUUCAGUCAUUUUAUUGAACAGCCAAAUUAGUAGCUGAAUAGUUUUAAGUGUUUUUAUUUUAUAGKCGCAUUUAUACAUGUGAAGAGGCGGGGCUUAAAAUUGUACUGCAGCCAACAAUUAGAGGGUUUGAUUUACUUUAACGCCGUUUGAUUUAUAUAUACAUCUAUCAAUGUAAUAAACUGUCACACAGACAUGUUUAUGCAGUUAUUAAUAUUAUUAUCUUCCCUGUUGGUGAGUUCUUAACACCUUAGUUUGGAGAAAGUUUAUGUUUGACAGAACUGAGGAGCUAKCGGCUAGUCUGAGCAAAGCUAAGAAUAUGUUUUUUCACGUGUAUUUAAAAAUGCAAAUGGCWGUAGCAGCAGUUUGCUGUAGCACCUCUGGUUGUGUAUAACAUUUCAGUCUGAAGAACAGUGUAAGGUUUGAGAAAAUGUUAUGUAUGAAAUUUUAGAAAGUAAAGUUUUGAAGUUGGCUGUGAAUCACUUUGGUCUUGGCUACAUUUUGACUAGUUCAUAAGAUUGGUAGACCUGAUCUUUUUUUUUUCAAACUGAUAAUUAUUAGAGAUACAAUAUUAAUAAAUAUUUCUUCCACAGAAACCUACUUCAAAAUUUCUGAACAUCCUCACAUCAGCACCUGGGUCUGUAGAUGUAUGCCCUGCUAACAAAUUGAUAACAUUUGUAGAUUUAUUAGUCUUUUUAGGAGUCCAAGCCUGUGGAGCAGGAAACCCUUUUGUAUCUGUUUUUGUUUUUUUGUUUUUUAUUGUUAAUAUAGUCUUUUUUCUUCCAUCAAAAAAWCUCAUUCUGCAGCCCAAACUACUGGGACUACAUAAUAUGCURUAAUAAGGUCUCUGCAUUUGGUUCUCUGACUUCUAAGCCAUAACUCACAGUUUUUUGGCCUAUUGCAACACAAUCCCUGGUCAGAUGUUAUAGGCCACAACCAUUUCCACCUAAAAACUUUUGUUUCUUCUCAAAGGUUUAAAUUCAAAYGCAAUGAAACUCACCACCCCAAAUCUUGCCAAACUCAAAUUCUGUCAUAUAAUCWAAACAAUACCACAUGAUUAGAUGAAAAUCAUAUUCCUGUUACAAGAGUCAGUUUUGAGUUAGUGGACCAAAUCUGAAAGUCUGUAAUGGGUAAAAUGUUUUGAUCUGUAACCCCUGUUUUCUUAGCCCAAUCAACAAAAACUUUGCUACUUCUUAAUAAUACACUUGUAUUUUUUGAUUAGAUACRUUAGUUUAAAAACAUGUUUUGUUUAUGCAAAUUGGCRAAAUAUAUUAAACCUUUAAAGACUUUCUGAUCUAAAGACACAAAUUUAAUAAGCAUGAAACAUCUUAUAAGCAUGAAACAUCUUAUAUAGCACCUAAAGUGUGAGAUGGGUUGACAUGUAUAAACGGGCUUGGACCCCAGUCAUAACUGCUUUGCAGUUUUAGUUUAUCUUGUUGUUUUUUUUUAAGUUAAGACAAAACUCUUUAUUUUUACCUCAAAUUCAUCUUUUUGAAUUUCCUACUGAACGAUUGUGGGUGUUUGUGCCUUCUGCAGGCCUGCACUUGAUCUGCUGCUUCUGUGUCACUACUAAUACAUGUCCUCUUUUGUCUCAAAAUCUGCGAAAAUACAGGUUUUAUGCUAACUCGCCUGACUGCAUGUGUAAAUAGUUGUUACAUUUGGGAGGAGGAGUUUAGUUAGCAUUACUAAUUAGCCAUGUAUCUAUAGUUGACGUAGCAUCUGGUGUCAAAUGUACCAGUUGUUUAAGUGUAACUGGAAUUAAUUCAAGAAAUAUGUUGAUUGAAAAUCAGCUUUAAUGGCAGUGUGCCUGUGUUAUACUUCCAUUCGUGAUCCAUACAACAUAAUGUGCCAUCACUGCACUGAUUUCUCAUGUUGAGUUGAGUCUUUAUUAUAAUACCUUCCAGCUAAAAGGUUUAAAAUCUGUAAAUCUCAGUUUUUCUUUCACAUCUCUCUGUUCUCGAUUUGAAAGUUUGUAAAAAGUUACUUCAGGUUUUUGUCAGAAGAAUGUUUCUGACCUUUUAAGAGUUAAAUUCAUUUUUGAUCCUCAGAUUGGUCUAGAACAGACCACUUACCUUUCAGAGAUGUUCCAAAKUGUAGCUUGUGCGAAAAAAAAACUGACCACAACUUGACUGAAGCAGGUCUUUGUCACUUUGCCAGAUGUUCCGAUAUGUUUUUGUAUUUAUUUUCUGCACUUGAAAUGAAUAAAUGUCUUAUAAAAAAAAA